UAGUUUUCCUGCGCAUUUUUUCAUGCUCUGACAAUUUUCAUAGUUCAACAAGAUACCAGAUUCCAUCAAACCCUAACCCGCAGCCAUGAAGCAUACUUUGAUUUUGUGCGCAGUUUUAGCCUUCGUAGCUAUAGCAGUGGCUUCCCCCAUCCCUGAGGAUGAAUCUUUAACACUUUUGGAAAGUGGAGAGGAGGAAUCUGCCCUUCAAGUGUCACCCAUGAUGGCCAUGGCAAAUUCAACAGCCUCUGUUUCAGAUGCAUCAGGUGGAGCUCCAGCACCCGGUCCGAAUGGAACUCCUCCCGGGAAGGGGAAAGGAAAGGGUAAGAAGGAAGAAAAUAUGAAGAAAAGGAAGGAGAAGAAGGAAGCAAACGAAGCCAAAAAGAAGGCAAAACAAGCAGAACGAGAAGCCAAAAAGGCGGCUAAGAAGGCGGAAAAGAAGGCAAAGAAGAAUGGCAAGAAGAACCAGGAGAAUACAACCGCAAGUGGAAAUACCAUGCAAACUGCCGUUAUGCCACAAUAAUCUUUUAUGUAUAUGCAUGAGGCGUUUUGAAUUCGGACUAUUGCCUAACUUGUAAAUUACUUGUGUAUUUAUUUAUAACUUACAAUUUGAUCAAACUGAAUAAUCAAACUUAAUGAAAUUAUACGAUGCUUUCCUUGGUAAAACGUGA